UAUUCUGUCUCCCCCACUCCGUCUUGUUCCUUUCACCCUUCCCUCUCACUUUUACCAUUUUACCCCUUCCUCUCACCUUAAAAGAUUUCUCCAUCUCACUCAUUUUAAAACAACUGGUCCAAAAGCUUCUUCUCUCUGUUUUGCUUUUCAAAAUUUCUUGAAAUUUCACUCUCUCUGUUUAGCUUCUAAACUCUUGAAAUUUCACUAGACGCACAUGAAAGUUUCUCAUCUAUGGUUGGUGAUAGGCUACUAAACUCGAAGAUCAACAUGUUCACUACUUACAAUUCUACCCUUCUCCUCCUCUUCUUCCUCGUUUUCAUCACUCCACACGUCUCAUCCUUUCUUCAACCUGUCCAGCCUCCCAAUUCUCCCCAAGUGGCUUUGGUCGAAGAUAAAGCAAGAUUAGGUUCUACACCACCGAGCUGCCACAACAGCUGCAACGGCUGCCAUCCUUGUAUGCCUACUCAAGUCCCCACUCUCCCGAGCCGCUCCCGUUUCACCCGAGUUGACCCGUUCUCCGGCGGUUUCGUACGGCCUCCUUCCUCCCUAACCACCGUACUAGACCAGUACUCUAACUACAAGCCCAUGGGAUGGAAAUGCCACUGCAAUGGACACUUUUACAACCCUUGAAACCAUCAUCUUGGGGUUAGGUCUCUCCUUUAUUUUAAGUUUAAAUUUGAUUUUGUAUAAUUGAGACUAGAGGUGUUCUUUGUAUAUGUACGGCUCAAUUUGUAAAUAAUCAAAAAGGUCUGUGAUUAUUUUGAAGAAGAAGAAAAAAAACAAAAUCGCUGAUGUCGUCACUGAUAA